AAAACAAUGCCCACUUAAUAUUUUUUAAACGUAUAUAAAGACAAAACAGUAGUACACCUUAUCAGUAUUCUCUACUAAACCUUUACAAAAUGAAACUCGUUAUUUUUGUUACUAUUCUCGCACUAAUUGGAUUGGUUCAGCCAGUCUAUAUUCCAGAAGAGGACGAAUCAGUACAAGUUCCUGUAGAAUUUCCUCUAGAAUGCCAAGCUUGUGAAGCAUUUGCAAAGUUAAUUGGCGAGUUGGUUGAAAAAGAACUUCCAAAGGACUAUGUAGAAAAAGAAGCAGAAAAAUUAUGUGAGAAGCUUGGUGGGUCUCUAAAAAAAUUUUGUUUGGAGCACCUAGUGCCGGUGGUUGAUAAAAUUUACGAUGAAAUUGUUAAACAUACCUCAGCAAAAGGAGUUUGUGAACUUUUAGGUUUUUGUUAAUAAUUUUUAAAUAAUAAAAAAUAAGUUUCCUUCCUUUU